AUGACAGGUAUCUUCAAUAUGGAUGAUGAUGAUGAUGACUUAUCAAUGAAGUUAGAGAAAAAACUUGAUUUGAAUUAUAGGUUGGUAGAUCAGAAUGGUAUAUCCGCAAUAGAGGAAGAUGACAUGCAUGAUACAGUUGGUGAAUUACCACGGCCAAUACCAGUGAAAACUACAAGAAGAAAUAGUAUUCCAUCAACUUUCAAAUCCUCUUCCUAUGAAAUUGAUAUUCAUGAAUCUUAUGUAUCAUCAUUGAAUAAUACAAAUAACUUCAAAAAUUAUAAACCAAAAUUGUCUGAUUUCGAACCGAUAAAGGUGCUAGGUAGGGGUGCUUAUGGUAAAGUCAUAUUGGUCAGGGAAAUUUCAACAAACAGAUUAUUUGCACAGAAGCAACUCAAGAAAGCGUCGUUGGUUAUAAAUGAAACUAAUGAAAUACAUCAGGUAAACUAUAACAGAACAAUAAACGAAAAAUCCAUCUUGGAAAUGGUUAAUCACCCCAACAUAGUCAGUUUGUAUUAUGCAUUUCAGGAUAAUGAUAAAGUUUAUUUAAUUCUAGAAUACCUUAGUGGAGGAGAAUUGUUUCAUCAUUUAGCUCAGGAGAAGUUUAUGAGCGAGAAGAAUGCUGCUUAUUAUAUUGCACAAAUAAUUUUGGCUUUAAGAUAUUUGCAUAACAAUCUUGGUGUCAUAUAUAGAGACUUGAAACCUGAGAAUUGUAUGUUAAAUUCGUAUGGUAAUUUGGUUUUGACAGAUUUUGGUUUAUCUAAAGUUUCUACAACAGAUGAGAAAAAGCACUCAAUGACAGGUACAGUUCAAUAUAUGGCACCAGAGGUUUUGAAAAACGAACCAUACACUUACUCUGUUGACUGGUGGUCAUUAGGCUGUGUUGCCUAUGAUUUAUUGACUGGUUCACCUCCAUUUAAUGGUAACAAUAAUAAAAAAAUCAUGGAGAAGAUUAUUUCCUCGAAAAAGACUUUAAAAUUUCCUUUCUAUCUUUCAUUAGAUGCAAAAGAUUUGUUGAGAAAACUAUUACAACCUAAUCCAGAGAAGAGAUUCAAUAUUGAUAAUGAUUUUGAUCUGUUAAAGAGACAUCGUUUCUUCAGACAUAUUGAUUGGUCACUAUUGGAAAGUCCAGAAUAUCAAUUAGAGACAUUGCCGCCUAUAUUACCUAUUAUAACUGACCCUAUAUUGGCUGAGAAUUUUGAUGAAGAAUUUACUGAGAUGUCUUUUACUCCCCCGACCAAUGAAAAUAUCAAAAUUCGUGGUGCAACUGGAAUCAAUCAGUCCGAUAUAUUACAUAUUAAAGACUUUACAUUCACUAAUGAUAGCUACUUGAACUCAAUAUUUAACGUAUAG